GUAGAACCAAAAAACACCCAGAACUAAUGCAUAAAAAUUCUCGAGCCUAUCGUGGAUUUCAUCAAAAGCCCAAAAUAGAGAAGCCAAAGGGCACAGACCUUGACAGCAUCCAAAUUCAAACAAGGCAAAAUUUUGGCAACCCUUUUUCUGUUGGGGGAAGAAACUUGCAAUUCCAACAACAUUUCUUCUCUUCAAAACAUCACCAGAGUUGAACGGUUUCCUUAAGUGUUAGUUGUUGACAAGGAAUAUGAGUGCUAAAACAAAGAGGAGGACUGUAACCGAGAAUGGGGACAUGGCAAACGAAGAUAGUGUUCUUGCUACCAUGAUUGGUAAUGGGGAGGAUUUGGGUCCAAUGGUUAGGCUUUCGUUUGAGACGGGGAAGCCUGAAGCCCUUUUGAAUCAGCUAAAGCUUGCUGUGAAGAAGAAGGAAGUUGAAAUCGAGGAGCUCUGCAAGCUUCAUUAUGAGGAGUUCAUUAGCGCAGUGGAUGAACUCCGUGGUGUAUUAGUUGACGCUGAGGAGUUGAAAAGUGAGCUUGCUAGUGACAACUUCAGGUUACAAGAGGUUGGGAGUGCCCUACUUUUGAAAGUUGAAGAGCUUCUUGAAUCUUAUUCAAUUAAGAAAAAUGUUACUGAAGCUAUUAAGAUGUCUAAAAUUUGCGUUCAAGUUUUGGAGCUUUGUGUAAAGUGUAAUGAGCACAUUUCUGAAGCUCGGUUUUACCCUGCUUUGAAAGCGGUUGAUCUGAUUGAGAAGAACUUUUUGCAGCAUGUUCCUGUGAAGGCACUGAAAGCACUGAUAGAGGAGAGGAUUCCACUUAUUAAAUCCCAUAUUGAGAAGAAGGUGUGCACUCAAGUUAAUGAAUGGCUAGUUCUUAUAAGGAGUAGCGCAAAGGAUAUUGGUCAAACUGCAAUUGGACAUGCUGCAUCAGCGCGUCAGAGGGAUGAAGAUAUGCUAUCUCGUCAAAGGAAAGCUGAGGAGCAGAGUUGUUUGGGACUGGGCGAUUUUACCUAUACCUUAGAUGUUGAAGAAAUCAAUGAGGAUUCUGUGUUGAAGUUUGAUCUUACUCCUGUUUAUCGGGCAUAUCACAUUCACAAUUGUCUUGGAAUAGAAGAGCAGUUUCGUGAGUAUUACUAUAAAAACCGGUUAUUACAGCUGAGUUCUGACCUGCAGAUAUCCUCAGCACAGCCGUUUCUUGAAUCACAUCAGACCUUUCUGGCUCAAAUUGCAGGUUAUUUUAUCGUUGAGGAUCGGGUAUUGAGGACGGCAGGUGGCCUGCUGUUACCUAAUCAGCUUGAUACAAUGUGGGAAACAGCUGUGUCUAAAGUGGCUUCUGUCUUGGAGGAACAAUUUUCUCACAUGGAUAUUGCAAGCCACCUUCUCUUAGUCAAGGAUUAUGUGACUCUUCUGGGUGCAACCCUUAGACAAUAUGGCUAUGAUGUUGGCCCCAUCCUUGAGACCCUUAACAGUAGUCGCAGUAAGUACCAUGAGCUUCUUUUAGCAGAGUGCAGGCAACAGAUUACUGAUGUUCUGAUCAAUGAUAGAUAUGACCAGAUGGUAAUGAAAAAGGAGUCAGACUACCAGACAAAUGUUUUACUGUUCCAUCUUCAGACCUCGGAUAUAAUGCCAGCUUUUCCCUACAUUGCUCCAUUUUCUUCUAUGGUACCUGAAUGUUGUCGUAUUGUCAGAACUUUUAUCAAGGACUCUGUCAAUUUCUUGUCUUAUGGGUGCCAAAUGAACUUCUUUGAUUUUGUUAAAGAAUACCUGGAUAAGCUCUUGAUUGAUAUUUUAAAUGAGGUUAUACUUAACACGAUUCAGAGUGGCUCCACUGGUGUUUCUCAAGCAAUGCAGAUUGCUGCAAACAUAGCUGUGCUGGAAAGAGCUUGUGAUUAUUUUCUUCAACAUGCAGCCCAACAAUGUGGGAUUCCUGUCCGAUCUGUUGAAAGGCCUCAAGGUAGUUUAACUGCCAAGAUUGUUCUGAAAACUUCGAGAGAUGCUGCUUAUCUUGCUCUACUUAGUUUAAUAAAUGCCAAGUUAGAUGAGUAUAUGGCACUCACGGAGAAUGUGAACUGGACAGUGGAAGAAGCACCACAACAAGGCAGUGAGUACAUGCAUGAGGUGGUUAUAUACCUUGACACUGUGAUGUCCACUGCUCAGCAAAUUUUACCUCUAGAUGCUUUGUACAAGAUAGGGAGUGGUGCUCUGGAACAUAUUUCUAAUUCUAUCAUGGCAGCCUUUCUUAGUGACAGUGUGAAGAGGUUCAACGUUAAUGCAGUUAUGGUCAUCAAUAAUGAUCUGAAGACGUUGGAAUCUUUUGCAGAUGAGAGGUUUCAUAGUACUGGUUUAUCUGAAAUAUACAAAGAAGGUAGUUUCCGAAGUUGCUUGGUAGAAGCCCGACAGUUAAUAAAUCUUCUCUUAAGCAGUCAGCCUGAGAACUUCAUGAACCCUGUCAUAAGGGAGAAAAAUUAUAAUGCUUUGGACUAUAAAAAGGUUGCUAUUAUCUGCGACAAGUAUAAGGAUUCAGCUGAUGGACUCUUUGGAAGCCUCUCAAAUAGAUCUUCGAAGCAGAGUGCUCGAAAAAAGUCAAUGGAUGUGCUAAAGAAAAGACUUAGGGAUUUUAAUUAGUUAGUUUUAAAAGUCUAUAAAUUGGUAGAGCAGAAAUAUCUGUCAUCAAUAGAUUCUUUCAUUAUCGCUCCUGAUUCGUCACACCCAAAAGAUAAUGGUGUACAUUGAUUUGACUUUUUGCAAAUUUGUCUAAUUAUAUUUUCUUAUAAUCUCUCUCCCUCCCUGUCUAUGUGCGGUGCUAGCGUGUGCCUCAUUAUAACAAAGUGGAAUAGGUGUCUAUGCUACUGUUUAGGGUAGUCUCAAAUUUUUCAGUGGAUGAGAGCAGUUAUGAAGCAAACCAAAGGAUGACAAUGGUUAGUAUUGAACAUAUCCCUAGCGGUUCAAAUAAAUUUCUUGUUCUGACAAUAUUUUGUGAUACUGGUCUCUUGUAAAAGCUAACAAGCUGGCGUCUACUAUAUUUUGCAAGUAGUUGAAAUUUGCAUGCUGCCCACAGGAGUUGCAAAUGCUUGCUUUGUUCCAUAACCUCUAGUUUGAUAUAUAUACUUCAUUGUAGUUUUUGUUUUGCUCACAUAUGAAAAUCUUUUGUUCUCUGUUAAGUUUUUGUGUUUUUUUCCUCCUCUUUGACUUCUUUUCUCUCCUCGGGGGUGCUUGAUAUGAGAAAAUCUAUAGGAAAAGAAAAACAAAAAAGAAUUAGCAUUGCUUCUUGAAUAUGUAUUACAACCAUUUUGUUUCCUGGGAGUCAUUUAAUGAUAGAGGAAAAAAAUCCAUGAUAAAAGAUGGGAAAAAGGAAUUGAGUUAUGCUACAUGUUAUGGCAACUGGAACUAAAUGUUUUUCUUUUCUUCUGUCUUUAAGAGAUGCUAAAAAUAUUUAUUCCAAAUGUUGGUUGAUUAUCCUAGUGGUAAUGAUUACAAUUACCAUGAUUUUCAUCUGGCCAUUAUGGAUGCGAAUUCAUUUUAACUUGUUAUUCCUCCAAAAGAUUGAUCAAUGCAUGAGACCUUUUCAGAGAAACCAUGAGUUUAGUUGUUGAUACUCUCAGAUGCAGACAUGCAUUAAUUAACAGAUGCAUUGCCGUCAGCGUUGGAAACAAAGGAAGUUUUCUUCCAUCUUUCAUGUAGAGUCAUCCACGUGAUUGUUCAUCCUUGCGUGCUCUUUCUGCAGAGUCUCUUCCUGUGGUGGAUUAAUGUUUUGGCAAUAAUUGCAGACUGAAGUUUGAAGGAACUAUGGAAAAGAAUGAGGUUUUGUUUUUGUUUCUUCAAUAACUCAUAAUUGAAGUCUAAGUGCUCAAUUUCGUAAAAUGUAUUGUGACAUACUGGACCUGAAUUGUCUAGUCGGUCUUUUAGUCUUUGAUUGGAUGAAGUCAUAAUGUGACAUGAAUUAUUAUUAUGUAUUGAUUAGUUCAGGCGAAUUGAAAGUCAUACCAUUAAUUGAGUAUCCAAGAUGAGGCAUUAAGGCUUAAGGACUAAGGAAGUGCUGUUGCUGCUCCUAAUGCAAAGAAAUACUAUAUGAUUACCUCUUUACUCUCUUUCAAAUUAAUCUCUGAUUUUUCAGUAUGACAGGUAUGAAUCUCAUGUCUCUGUGGCACAUACUCACUUCAUACGGUUAGUCAUCUGCUUAUUCUUCACAAUUUGUCUUGCUGCAUAUGAAGUUGAACAACCCUUGUGUUCUGGUUGUGUCGUUUUAGUGAAAUUAAAUUCACGCUAUGAAAGUACUCACAGAAGGCAAGAGGCAUAAUGCUGUCAUUGUUCCUUUCUGUAUCUCUUUUUUUUUUUUUUUUCAAAUGCUCCUAGCCAUUGAUGGCUAAGACUGGCAAACAAUUUUCACCCUGGUCAAGUUAAUAGCCAAAGCAGUAGAACCUGACACAAUAUCUUCCAUGCCUAUAGCUACCAAUAAAGAAGGAUGUGUUAUGUGUUAAUCGGCGGGGGAAAUCUCACUCUAUUCUUUUAGUUGCAAGAAGUCAUUGGAAUGCUUCAUGAAUGAGUUGUGUCUUCCUUUUGGACUUGGCAAAUCAAAAGCUUUGUUGUGGCCUCUUGGUCAAGUACCAGAAGAACUUCCUUGUUAGCAGGCGGCUUUGUAGUGAGGAAUGGGAACUUCCAACUAAAUGGAAAAAACAAGUAUUUAUUAGAUAGUCUUCUGAAUACGGUUGUCCCUAUGUCAAUUGAUGCAUAUACAUGCAUAUAUUCAUGUAAGUACGCAAAAUCACAGUCUGACUAACAUCUGCUUGAAAUCAUAAUCACCAUGUUUGAAGUAUUUAAUGUAAGUUCUGCUACUGAUAAUGGCUUGUUGUAUAGCUAAUUGGCAAAUCUUUGAUUACCACGUUGAAUUUGUGCUUGAAAUAAUAAAACGUGAAAGGCAGAAACAAGUAGUUAGUGGUUGAUACAGCUGUGGCCAUUUUUUUUUCCUUUUUUUGUUUAUUAUUCAGCUCUGGCUAUUUUCGUUUCUUUCCUUUCUCUUUUCUUUUUAGUUCCACCAAUCUGAGUUUGGAAAAUCAUCGCUGGCUUGAAUAUUUUGGUAGGAAUUGCUGGAUUAAUGUUUUACUAAACUCCUUAACUUUUUGAGAAACCAAACAUAUGAAAUUAGCAACCUGAUUGUUUGGAUAGCAUUUUUCUGAAUUAUGUUAAGUAUUAUACAAUUCAGGUAGCAUUUUUGUACACAAUUCAGAAAGCAUUUUUUCUGGUGACUUGGGCUUGGUGUAAUGAUCAUAUUAAAUUAGCAACCUGAGAAACCAGACAAGUUGCUAUCUACCAACAAAAAACAGAGGACAUGGAGGAAGUAGCAGUAAAAAAGAAUAGGCCUAUAAUGCGGAACUGAUGAAUGAUCCGUCGCAUUUAUUUGUGUAGUGCCUUUUUUAAUUGUAGGUGGAGAAUGCCAGCAUUUGUUGAUAUGCUCUUACUUCUGAACAUUGCUUUACUUUCUCCUCAAAUUCGCAUGACUGAUUUUAGUUGCUUUAGUUGUAAAUGUCUUUGCAGGCCUCUAAUUGAUUAUUUAGUGUCAUUGAAUGUUAUGCAAUUAAGCAAUUACCACCAGUGGACCAGGAUUGAAUUACAGGUGCCUUUCUUGUGACUGGUGACAAUGAGCCUUGUUUAGAGAAGGCUUUCUCAUUUUUCAGGAGGAACUAUGAGGUCUUCUUCCAUGUGCUUGUGUGGCAGGGUCAUCUUAGCUGUCUUGCUUCCGCCAUGGGCGGGCAGUGAAUACCAAUAACAUCACUUUGGUACGUAAGUUAAAAGGAAAAAUCAUUUUGGCUUUUUCAGGAACUAAGAUAUCGCAUUCCGUAGUCAUGCUUACUUUGCUACAAAUUGAGAGGUGGGUACGUGAGUUUCUUCCCCGUGUCAUUUGUUCUAUUCCAACCUGUUAAGCCUAAUAUAUGAGAGUUGAUGAAUUAUUUCCCCACGAUCAUAAUUGUAGAUUCUAUUGCUCUCCUCUUAUAUAUUUAUUAUCCUUAACGAUAUGCUAGGCAGAAUAAAUUGCCAUCAGUUUCAUGAUAUAUAAAUGCAUGAAACAAAGAUUCAAGUUUUACUGAACAAGAAAGAGUUGGGUUUUAUGUUUUAGACUCUUGAACUUCAGUUGAGAAUAGAAAUAACUAGAAACUAUUAUUGGAUGACAAAUACUUUUGUGUGCUGAUCAUCUUUCACCUACUGUGUUUGCUUUUGAGAAACAAAUUUGAGUCUUCUGCAUGCAUUUGUCUGUUUUACCUCUCCACUUUUCUCAAUUCUUCUUUCUUAGAAUUUCCUGGUGGUACUAGACACGAAGGUUGAGAAUUCGAUUUUUUAUUUGAAUGUAGCCUGAUGAUGGUGGGGGAGCAUUGAGCGGGAUUUAUUUGGGAUUAAGGGACUCUUGCGAAAAUAUACUCAUUUAUGCUAUGGGAUUACUUGGUGGGACUAAUAUGGUUUGGCCCAAAUUGGUGCCGCCCAAUUCUAUGAUGUAACAUAAAGCCCCAUUUGUGGUACUUUGAACACGUGGAUAUAUUUCAGGUCCACCAUUCAUUUUUUUUCCCUUUUCGAAAGAGGUCCAUCUGCUUUUCUGUAUUUGAAUCCUAAUUAAUCCUAUCUACAUUCAUGCAA